UUACUGCGGUUAUUACUAAUGUUCUUUAGUAAUUAAAUGUAAUUAUUUAACAAUAGUAUAACGGUAUUGUUACAAUCUUAUCAAAAUGAUAGUUAGUCUGUCAGAAUGUUACGUCGUGUAAUCUAUGGUCUAUCGUAGUGAUUGUGAAUGUGAUUCAGGAAUCUGUCAAAGUGCCAAGUUUUGAAACUUGUUACGUACCUUCAAAAUGAAAAGUUUUAAAAGUGUGUUGUAAAUAAAAGUUUCAUAUAUAAAGUAAAAAAAUGAAUUACCAAACUCUAUUUCUGUGUUCCUUGGUGGCAGUAUUUUUAUUUAAGGAAGCAAGCUGUUUAAACAAAAGAUGUAUAAAAUGCAGAUCGAGAGGUGAACUUGGCUCAUGUGGGGAUCCAUUUCCAUUCAAUGUAACAGAGCCGGAGGCAGAGAUGGGCAUUCAUGUUGUAGCUUGCCCAUCUGGCUGGUGCGGAAAGUCUUUUGAGGGCAACAUUGGUGCAUUUAAGAAUGAUGAUUAUGGUGCGGCAACAGAAAGAAUGUGUCUCCAACGUCCGCCAAGCGACUAUGAGGAGAGAUGUGCAUAUACAAUGUGGAGUCACAGAAAAGUUUACAUGUGUUUUUGUAAUGGUGAUCUCUGUAAUUCAUCCUACAAGAUUACAGCUAUUCCUUCAAUAAUUUUACUUACAGUUUCUGUGCUGUUUUAUAAUUUUUUUUACUCGUAAGUGAUGUAAAGAUGUAUUUUUUUAUUGUGAUAUUUAUAAUGUAUUUGAAUCUCUAUGUUCAGUCAUCUUGGCAUCUAGAAACAUUUUGUAUAGACCGUUACAGCCUUACAAAUAAAUGUGGUAAAAGUUAAUAUUUGUUCUAAUAUUUGCUUAUUCUUAGUUUAUUCCCAAGUUUCACUUUAUACUGCAUUACUAAGGCUGUAAAUGUUCUUUGAUACUGUCUGAAAUUUUUUUUUGAAUUGAUUUUCUUUUAAUUUUGUUUAUUUUAUAUGA